GAUUUUCAGGCGCUCUGUGGACAGCCGCACUGGAGGGCGACGUGGGCCGCGAAGGCCCCUGCUCCCGGCCAUCGAGGAAGCGCGGCGGGCGGUUAGGCGCGGAGUGUGUGCGGCAGAUCCAUCAUGUCGAAGGUGUCCUUUAAAAUCACACUGACUUCCGACCCGCGGCUACCGUACAAAGUUCUCAGUGUUCCUGAAAGUACGCCUUUCACAGCAGUGCUAAAGUUUGCAGCAGAAGAAUUUAAAGUUCCUGCAGCUACAAGUGCAAUUAUUACUAAUGAUGGAAUAGGAAUAAAUCCUGCACAGACUGCUGGAAAUGUUUUUCUGAAGCAUGGCUCAGAGCUGCGAAUCAUUCCUAGAGACCGAGUUGGAAGCUGCUAAUAUCUGCUUCUUGGAAUACACAGCCUUUCAGAAUAAAUACUGAUAAUUGCUAUUGCUGUAUGAUUGAAAUCAGGCAUUCACGAUACAAUGAAACCACCAAGAAUCAACAAAACAGGGAAAGUUGACUCUGGUCCCUUCCUGCUCAUUUUUUUCAUGGGAGGAGAGAAUGCCUUUAAGUGGAGGGUACGAAACCACAGGUCACACAGUGGUGACUGCUGCCUCACCAGAAGAGGAGGGUACAUCUGUGACAGAUGGACUAUGCUUUAAAAACAGACAUCAACAGCAAAACUAGAGGAUGAGUCUGCUAAUUGUUUUCACAAAUAUUUGGAAAAUUAAAAAUCCAGAAUGGAAUGUAUUUUCUAAUUUUAAAAUUUAAAAGGAUAAUGGAUCAUAGAGGCAUUUGGCUUUACAGCAUCUCACCUGCGGGCCCAUAGUUUGAUUUUUAAAUUAUAUAAUUUGUGAUGAAGUUAAUAGGUAUUUCAGUGAACAGUUAAAUUUUAUAUAAAACCAAAAUUUAAAUUAUGCGGACUAACCAUUAUGUGUAUAAGUUGCUAUUGCAUACCAAAUAGCUUCUAUCAUGAUCUUGGGAAAUCAAAUGUGUCAUGGUGGGAAUUGACAGUACUGCAGAAGCACCCUUAGGUAAAUUACACAUUCAUCGAUAAGUGUCUUCAUAAAGCUUUAAGACAGAAUUCCUUAAACCAUUCUUUUUGAGGAUUCUAUUUUUGAACAACACCCAGAACUAUUGUUGCAGAGAUAAUCUCAAGCUUACAGACCUACCACUUUGUGCUAACGGGUGUCUUAAAUGAAGAGGGAACUUUAAGGAAGUUAUUAACAUUAGUCAAAAGUGGAAAAGGAACCAGGGAAGCAAAGCUAGGCAGGCUCUUGCCAGAAAAGCAAAGAAAGUGAGAAGCCUGUCAGUGUCGCUGGAGAAGUCCACGGAGGGGCCUGCAAUAGGGUUGGAGAAGUAUGAGGGAGAAGAGUACUGGACACAGGAUCAGAAGGCAACUACAUACAUGUUUCCAAAGUCCCCCAUAGCAAUCUACAGGAAGAUUUGUAUAAGAAAGGAUUUUGAGGACUGGAACCUGGGGAGGAGGCUCAGCAGGUCAAAGUUUUGCAGACCUGAGGGCCCAAGUUCAGUUCCCAGAAGGAAGGAGAAAACCAACUCCACAAGGUCUUCCUCUGACUAGGGACACCCUGAUGUGAGCCAUUCUCCCGCCCACAAUAAAAAAAAUUUAAAAUCUUACUUGCCCUUACAGAGGAAAUCCAUGUCUUGGCGCAUAUUGAAGGAUGAAUUAAAUUUUGGCUGUGACUGAGAGCGGGGCAGCUCUGCUUCAUUGAGUGAGCUCUUUGGAGGUGAGGGGUCUGUCUGUCAUGAGCUCCCUAGAGCAGGAGGUGCCACUUCUCAAUAAAUAUUUACUGAACUCAAGAAUAUGUCUCCAGGACCAGUUUUUAUCUCAUGCCUCAUAGUCACAGUUGUGGGGUUGCCUUAGUUUGUUGGGUGGUCGGGGUUUGUAAGAAAACUAACAGUUGGCAUCUGAAGGGCUGUGUUAGUUUAGUAGAUGAAGGAAUUGUCACUGUUCACAGGUUUACGGAUUGUGUUUUCAGAUCUUGAAUUGUGUAGCAAUACCCAGCUCAUGUUUGCUAGGUUUUAUGUUUAUAGGUCUAGUACCAGGAAACAUUCUUCCUUAUAAUACUAGGGCCCUGAUAACCAGAGAUUUUUAAAUACUUGCCACCUAAUUUUCUGCUUACUAUUAAAUUUUUUACUUCUGCCUUUAGCACAAAAAAUCUGCAUGUUGUCUGUAAAGUUUAUACAGUCCUACAAUACAAAAUAAUUUACCUAAUACAUGUGUUUUUUGACAGUCUCCAAAUCUAGGUAAUUUGUGAUUAGAUUUACUCAAAAUCGAGGUAAUUUGUUAUUAAUUAAGUAAAUGUGAUCUGUAAGUUCUUUGUACUGAAUGUUUUAGGCAUUGUAUUUAACUUAAAUGUCUAUAAUUAAUACCUUAGGAAAAUACAUUUUAUCAUACCGUAAACCAUGGCAACCUUUAUUUUACUAUCAGACUUAUUAACCAGUAUACCUAGUGAGCCAGUUUAUUAGUGUUAUUUUUUUAAAAAGUUAAAAAGUGAGUCCUGAAAAUAAAUGUAUAUUUCCAAAUGUCACUCUAUCAUACAGAAAAGGAGAACUUCAGGCAGUCCCAGCCCUGGGUAGUGUCCAAAGUGAAACUAGGAAAUUAGGGGCACAGUCUUCUGAAAUCAUCCCUCAGGUUCUUGCUCAGUAGGCUCCAGAAGCUCUGGAAGCAGGCCUGCUGGGUGCGUGCAGUGCUAGAGGGUUGGUGCCAGGAUGACCUUUCCACCCUAGAGGGCAGAACUGCAGGCUAAGGUCAGAGUAUCCCGGAAUCUCAGGCAUUCCUUUAAGCUGCUUGAUCCUGGAGUAGCCUGACAGAGUCCAAAGAUGGAAACAUGCUUACAGCUCGUCACUACAGGGAUACUUUAUAGUUCAAGUCACUGUAUUUAUAGAUGCUUUAGUUGUUGUUAUUUGAAGGUAUAAAUUGAAAGGAAAGUUCAAGGGGGUUGGGGCAGUCAAUAAAGGUAGUAGCUUACGAUGACCUUAGUUCCAUGCAUGGUGGAAAGGAAGAACUGACCUGUGCAUUUUAUACACAAUGCACACACACAUAAAAACAGUUUAAGCUGCCAAAGAGACUCCAAACAUUUGUAGACUGGAAACCCUGAUACUCUGUAAAGGAGCAUUUUUAGGUCAUUACUGUUCCCAAGGCUAUUAUUUAUAAGCUAGGUAAAGUUAUGUGCCUCGUUAUCUUUAAAAUCUGUUGAACUACUGCUGGGCAGAUGGCUCAGUGUUUAAGAGCGCCUACUGCUUUUGCUAGAGGACCAAGGUUUUGUUCCCAGUACCCACGUGGUUGCUCACAACCAUCUGUAGCUCCAGUUCCAUGGGAUUCAUUGCCCUCUUCUGCCCUCUCUGAACACUGUGCUUGCGCACAUACGUGCAAACAGUUCUGUUCACAUAAAUUUAGAAAGAUGGUAAAAGCCUGUUGAACUUCAAGUGUGAGAAUAACUUAAUAUAUAACUUGUUGAAGCUGUGCUAAGUGGUUCCCACAUACUGGAAGGAUUAGCAAGAGUGCACUUUGGCCUUUGACCUAUAUAAUCUGGAGAAAUCUUCAUGUCCAUUUUCUGCAAAAUUUGUAUUGAAUUGUACAUUUAAGAAGUGAAACAAAUUCAUUAGCAUGCUGGAAAUGUGUAGUAAUGAAUGCCAAUACUUUGACUACAUGGUGGAGUAAUGACGGAAUGGAGUCCAGCUGCUUGUGGCACACUGCUGUAAUCCCAGCCCUAGGACUGACUGCAAGAUUGAGGGCAGCCUGGGUUUGGCAGCAAGACCACCUCUGAACACAAAGGUAAGCACAGAAACAGUGACAGUGACUGGUAUAGUUACUACUAGCCCAGGUUCUGCUCAGUCAGAGUCUCCAGUCUGCACCAGAGGCCUUCCUGAACUGGUGUUUGUGCGUGGGCAGCUAGUGCUGCUGCCUUCGUGGUUUACUUCUGCAGCCGUACCAAGUGACAGGCGUUUUAGUCCUCCGUUGUGCUGUUCUUACACUUACCUGCCUUUACUUCCCCAGUCUGUAAGACUAGGAAACCCAUGGCCCGAAAAGCCAGUGGCCUCACUUCAUGGCUUCCAAGCCAAAUUAGGAAUUUAGUCACUGCAUCCUUUUUUUGGUGUAGCAGUUAUUAGACAGCUCAAACUAUAAACUUUAUAAGUCCAAUAUCAUGGCUGGAAUAAGAAUAACCCUCACUGUUGAAUAUUAAUAAGAACAGGCUCAUAUAUGUGAAUGUUUAUAGUCACCAGGGAGUGGUACUAUUAGGUGUGACCUUGUUAAAGAAGUGUGCCACUUUGAGGGCAGUCUUCGAGGUUUCUAAAGUCCAUACCAAGCCCAGACUCUCCUAAACUCUAGCUGUCUUCACUCUCAUCCUCUGACGCUUUCACUCUCCCUCUGUCAGUGGAUCAGGACAUAGCUCUCAGCGCCUUCUCCAGCACUGUGCUCCUGCAUGCUGCCAUGUUCUCCACCAUGAUAAUGGACUAAACUUCUGAAAUUGUAAGCAAGCAUCAAUUAAAUGCUUUCCUUUAUAAGAGUUGUGGUCAUGGUGUCUCUUCACAGCAAUAAAACAGUGACUAGGACAAGUAUGGCCAAAACUGGGUUUCAGAACUUAAUUGCUGAUAGUGCUUUGCCAAGCAUUAUCAGAUGAAAUAGAUGAAAACUUUGAAAAUUGCAACUGUUUGUGCUUUGUCAUCAGAAUUUGAUUAUCAUGUCCAUAUUUUCCCCAGUUUAUCAGCCAAUUCUAUGGUCGAACUUGGCUUGAAAAUUUUAUUAUUUACACUUUCCCUUUCAGUGAGAAUAUUCAUAUUUGUAACCAUCAUCAUUUGAAAAGUUUAGUGGCUCUAUUGUCUGGUUUUGCAUAGAGUUGUGAUUUUGCUGUUGAAUACAAAAUAACAGCCAAGGUUGGCAGACAAAUGGAGAGCCAGUUUUGGACAUAAAUCUCUGGGUCUGGCAAAACUCAUUUGAAAUGUAAAAGCUGUUAUUGAGAGCAUAUUGUGAUGAUCCAUCAUGUCAAUAUUUGUUUGGCUGCCUGGCAGGUUUAAUAAAUCAGUUCUUAAAUGUACA